GCCUAGAAUAGGACACAUUUCAUUGUGCUCUCUAAAAUGACCGCUUCAAUGGAAAUACCUCAAUGUUCUUGUAUCGCAUCCAGCGCAAAACCGGUUUCUCAGACCACUGGAGAGAAUCCAGUAUUGAGGUACGAACUGAACUGAGGGCAUCGCCGGAUGUCACGAAUCAACUCAUCUAACCGUCUUUAAAUGCCCUUGAACAAAUGCUUCCCGUCAAAGACAACAUGACCCCUGAAUCCUUCGCUGAAAACUGCACAAACUGCAGCCAGGUUCUCGUCCCGGAGCUGAACGUUAUGAAGGCUGUCGUGUUGGGCAUGGUGUUGGCCCUCUUCAUCAUUUUUGGAGUUCUGGGCAACAUCCUGGUCAUCCUGUCCGUGGUUUGCCAUCGUAACCUACGCACGGUUACCCAUUACUUCAUCGUGAAUUUGGCCGUGGCGGACCUUCUGUUAAGUUCCACGGUGCUUCCCUUCUCUGCCGUCUUCGAGAUGUUAGGCCGUUGGGUCUUUGGUCGACCCUUUUGUGACGUUUGGGCGGCUAUGGAUGUUCUGUGCUGCACGGCGUCCAUCAUGAGCUUAUGUGUGAUUUCCGUGGACAGAUGUAUUGGCGUUAGCUAUCCGCUGCAGUACCCUUCCAUCAUGACGGAGCGACGGGCAUUGCUAGCGCUGCUUGUGGUGUGGGCUCUAUCCGUCACCAUUUCUAUCGGUCCUCUGUUCGGCUGGAAAGAACCGGCGCCGGAGGACGAGUCCAUAUGCAAGAUAACAGAGGAACCGGCAUAUGCCAUCUUCUCAGCCUUGGGGUCUUUCUACCUCCCCCUGGUGGUCAUCUUGUCCAUGUACUGCCGUGUCUACGUGGUGGCCAGGAGGGAGACACGUGGACUGAUUAGUGGACAUAAAACGGAGAAAUCGGAUCACGCCUCUGAGGCUGUGACUUUGAGGAUACACCGUGGUAACACGACGGCGUCUGAGGACGAGGCGUUGAGAAACAGGACUCACUUCGCUCUGCGCCUGCUGAAAUUCUCACGUGAAAAAAAGGCGGCCAAGACACUUGGCAUCGUGGUCGGAUGCUUCGUUCUGUGCUGGCUUCCAUUUUUCCUGGUUCUUCCUAUCGGUUCCAUCUUCCCGACAUACAAGCCUUCGGACACGGUGUUCAAGAUAACCUUUUGGCUCGGCUAUUUCAACAGCUGCAUCAACCCCAUCAUCUACCCGUGCUCCAGUCAGGAGUUCAAGAAAGCCUUCCUCAGCGUGUUGGGCGCUCAUUGUCUCCGUAAGAGAUCCACACCGACCCACCCUCUCUACCAGGGUCACAGUCCACGGCACGCCCAGUCGCAGCUCCUCGCCCUCGGCCUCACAGGCAACACUUCCCGUCUGAGCCCCUCCUCCUCCAUCGCUCUGUCCCGCAGCCCUUCCUCCCGGGACGGCCGGGAGUGGCAGGCCCCUUCCCGGACCUCGUCCGUGGGGACCCCGGGGGUCGGUGCCGGGGUGAGCGUGGGAGCUAAAGUGGCGGGAAUGUGCGGUAAGAACCUGCUGAGGACUUGCUGUGCCGUGAGAACAGAUUCCCCUCAGCCGGAGGCGCCCACACAGAACUCGCUUCCCGUCAUCAAAAUCCAUCAGCUCUCGCUGUGUGAAGAUGGGGAUGCGGUGUGAAUAAAGUCGCCGGGGAAAUCGCUCUAAAGAGACUGGCGCUGCGUGCGAUGCCGUUUGCCACUUGAUGGUGUCUCGGAUUGGAGAACACAAGCUGACAAUCUGAGUGUCUGCUAUUGUGUUGAUGGCCAUUAAAGGAAAACUGUAGGUCACUCUGAAAAUAAACGCAGACGUUAUUUGUUCUUUCUCAUGUUCUGUAUGCUUGUCUUUUUUUACACAUCGAUAGUUCGAAAUGAUGGUGGCUGUCAAGCUCCAAAAAAAGACAACUCGAUGAUAAAUAAAGCACAACCACACUGGUUCUCCCUUACAUAAAUUUACCAUGGUUUUUACCCUAGUAAAAUAUUUACCAUGUUUUUUGGCAGAUUGAUUAUCAUUUGUAUAACGACGGUUUCCCCACAAAUAAAACCUAAAAACCAUGGUUACUAUAGCAAAACCGUGAAAUUAACCAUGGUUUUACUAUAGUAAACGUGUAUUAACCAUGGUUUUUGGCAGAUUACUAUUUGUAUAACCACAGUUUUACUACAAAUACCAUUAAACCAUGGUUACUGUAGCAAAGCCAUGGUACAUUUCUGUUUACCAUGAUUUUACUAUAGUAACCAUGGUUUUUGGGUAUUAUUUGUAGUAAAACCACGGUUAAUUUUGUAGGAGCUUGCAUAUGCUAUAAUCAGGACUGGAGCACUUGUUAUGCAAAAUGAGUCUUAAAGCCAGAUUUAAAAAAAUGUAUAUCACUGAAAAAACAACUGCAUAUGGAACACGAGGGUGAGAAUAAAUACAGAACUUUCAUUUCGCAAAAAGGAGGCCAGGCUGAAACAUGAAAGCCUUCUGUUGUGUCUGCAAAUGCAUUGAGUAUAAAUACCAGCAAUUAUUUGUAUUGACAGAAGUUUUAUUUCUGCCUUCCAAUUUGGGCAAAUUAAAACCCAGACACGUCUGAUCAGCCCCCCCCCCCAAAAAAAAGAAAUUCUAUUUUUGACGCUCCUUCCUGGGUUCAUAUGAUAAGUUCACUUAAUUGUUCAAUUUUCUGAAAUUGCACUGUAGGUAUUGCUGUGGGUUAUUUGCAUUGACUAUGAUUUGGAAAGGCUUUCUGUUACAGAAAAGUAAUUUGUUCGCAGCUGCUUGAACUGGGAAUGGAUCUUUAUCGUGUCUUUCAGAUGCAUGUCAUAGUCACGUUGUCAGAAUGUCAAAAAUAUUGCCAUAUGAACUUAAGUAUAGCAUGAUCGAAGUGGGACCAACUAUUACGAUUCUACAUCAAAAGAACUGUCUCCUGCGAGACGCACAAAUAUUCACCGUCUAUGGACGAAUGACAUUAUAAUCAUGAGAUGAAAACCUCAAAGUGACCAAGUUUCUUUUGUUAUUUUGCCUAAAUGCCUUAUAACAAACUUUGUGUUUAUUUGUCAUAUAAAAGAAAUGUAUGUGAUUCUAAUAUGAUUAUUA